AUGUUAGCUGAGAUUCUAAGGCUGAACAACGUGGACAACUAUGGGAUGAGAUUCGACCACAAAGCACGUCCAAGACCUUCUGUCUCAGUCCAAGACCUUCUGUCUCAGUGUGGAGAGCAUCUGGAGAAAGGUGAUAUCCACCAGGGUCCAGCUGUGCUUGGGUUAGCGAUGCUUGUUUCUUUGGCUCAAACUGGACAUGAGAUAUCGCAUAAUGUUCCUCAUAGCGACGAUAUAGUAGUGACUAAAGCAUGA